CGCUUGCUAUCUUACGCGGAAGUCGUGACUGCUUGCUUGCACGCGUGACAGUCUCGCCGCGUCAUCCGACAUGCAUUGUGCGGAAGGCAAAAAGAUCGUGUGCUACCACGGCAGCUGGUCGGCCUACAGGACCGGCAACGGCAAGUUUGAGAUAGAGUACAUACAGCCCCAACUGGCCACCCACCUCAUCUACAGCUUCGUUGGAAUGACGCCUGAAGGAGAGGUCAGGAUUAUUGAUCCGUGGCUGGAUCUUCCUGAAGGAAAAAACGGAUUUAAGCGUUUCACUGCUCUAAAAUCGGCCAGCACGAAAACUCUCAUCGCCCUCGGAGGUUGGAAUGAAAGCUCUGCUACGAUCUCAGCCGUGGUGAACAGCCCGCCGCUGAGGGCUCGUUUCGUGCAGUGUGCAGUGCAGUUCUUGGGGACUUACGGCUUUGACGGCCUCGACCUGGACUGGGAGUAUCCAGGGCACCGCGGGGGUUCCCCGGGAGACAAGGCGGCGUUUAUUGAACUGCUAAAGGAGCUGAGAAGAGAGUUUGAUAAACACGGUUACCUGCUGACGGCUGCAGUGGGUGUUGGUCGUUACCUAGUUGGGACUGCUUACGAUGUACCCCAAUUAUGUAGGUACCUGGACUUCAUCAGCUUGAUGGCAUACGACCUUCACGGAUCGUGGGACAACAAGACUGGUCAGAACUCCCCGCUGUACGCCAGCUCAGCUGACAAGACGGAGGCUGAGAGGCAGCUGAACGUGGACUCCAGCGUGCGCUACUGGAUCCAGAAUGGCGCAGACCCCUCAAAACUUGUUCUGGGCAUGGGCACCUACGGGAGGACGUUCACUCUGGCCAGCACCGGCCACACCGGCGUCGGGGCUCCGACGACUGGACCCGGCACUGCUGGGCCCUACACCAACGAGGCUGGCAUGAUGGGCUACAACGAGAUCCUGGAAAAACUGAAAUCUGGAGGCUGGAAAGUCACAUGGGAUGAAGAGCAGAAGGUGCCGUAUGCAGUUCACGAAAACCAGUGGGUUGGUUAUGACAACGAAGAGUCCAUCCGGCUGAAGUCACAGUACGUUCUUGACAUGGGCCUGGCUGGUGGAAUGAUCUGGAGCCUGGAAACAGACGAUUUCAAAGGCCUGAAUAGUUCUACAACCUACCCUCUGCUCAGGAAGAUCAACCAAGUCCUUCGGGAUUAGAUACAUUUUAAAUAACGAUGGUCCGGAUUCUUACUCAAUUUUUGAGACAGGUGUAUGUGGCCGACACUUCAUUACAUGUAAAAGUCACUUUCAAACAAUGCCAUUACCAGGUGUACUGGUACCUGUUGAACCAAUAUUGGUCGACUAGUAUGUUAAUGCUUACUAAUUGUUGCUCAACAUUUUAUAUUGCAUCAUGCGUUGAUAAUAGAGUACCCUCCCAAAUAUAUACUGCCUGAGCUGAACCGAUGGUCAUUGGCCAGCAGCCUCAUUUCCUGCCUAAUUUAGAAAACAUUGGAACAUUAAAGGAGUGAAAGUGGAUUGUGUUUAAAAGUAUCUACGUCUUCAGAAUAGAAGGUGCUUCUGGCGCCGGCAAUCGUCGUAAAAACACGUAGGAUUUUUCCUCCAUUUUGAUCAAUAUCCGUUUCCAUAGACGUACUGACACAAUUCGUCUUCCAUUGAUGUUCUACCUCAACGCGUGACUCGAACUGUGGGCACCUAAGAAACUCUGAAACACACGCGAUGCAUAGAGCAUGGUUUGACACAGAUAUCACCACUACACUCAUCAGUUUCCAUUUAUUAAAAGACAACAAAAAGUUACUUAAUUUCAUCAGAUGAAAUAUUACUCAGUUUAUCUAAUGUUCUCAAUCUGGCCAAAGAUGAUCUCAAGGGGAGCUCAGAACAUAGCCAUAAAGUAAUUAGAGCCAAAAUGUUUUACGGAUAUACAAGGCAGUAUUUUAUUGGUAUUUAUUAUGUCGUGGACCACUGAAUAACAUUUACAGCGAACUGAAUUUUUUUGGCCAUUCAGACUAUGUUCGACUGAAUGGUUGUUUGUAGCAUUAUCACUGCACUUGUAUUAGUGAAGCUCUCGAUUGCAACGUGUCAUCACUGAAAUCACUGUUACUAAUGCAACAGUCGUUGCAGCCAAUUCUCACCACAAUUAAAGUUCAGUAGAGCCACAGUUUUACUUAACAAAAUGCAAACCUGUGCUCUGUUAUUGGAGGGUGGAGCGAACUAUAACGAAAUUCAUAAUUCAAGGAAGGGUGUCACUUAAUUCAGGACACAAUUCAUAGUCCACCACAGAGCAAAAUUCCGCCCAAAUGCACGUGAGCUGUUUCAGAAAAUAAGGAUGCUGCUGUAACACGCCACCACACAGCAUUUUUACUGUAAUAUUUGUACUUAAGAUCUAUAGUUAAUCAAAAACCAUAUCAAUGUGAACGAUGAAACGCCGAUUUCAAUGACGCAAACACUAAACGUGUUGAUAAUAGAAAAACUGAUGAAUAAAAUGUGCAUCGACAGCAGCAUAAUGUUAUAACAAAGAAAAAGACGUUAAAAUUAAUAAUGAAUAAACAUGUGAUAUAUUAAUCACAGAGGUAUUUUCCCCUCUCUUUCAUUUAGUGAGCUUUGAAUCAUGGUGUCUUGCAUCUUGUAUCUGUAAUUGAAUCUAAUAACGUUACCAGAGUUCCAGUAUCUUUUUACUAUACUAACAUGUGUAUUUAUGAAAGUAAUGUUAUUAUCCAGUAGCUAAAGCUAUCCUAGAUAUCUUAUGGAUUCAUUUCUCAAUUGUAUUCUGGCUGUGAGUUAAUUAAUAAAGCCCAUUAAUAGAAA